AAUGGGCGGGCGGUGCGGGCGCGGUGCGGCGGUGCCGGCGGCGGGGCGAUGAGCGCGGCGGUGCGGGCGGCGUGGCGGAUCGGGGCCGCCGCCGCUCUCCGGGGCCGGGCCGGGCGCCCGCUCAGCCAGGCGGCCGGGGACGGCGGCGAGGCUGAGGGCGGCGGCGGCGGCGGCGGCUCGGGGUCGCGGGAGGCGGUGGAGCGGCUGGUGCGGGAGCACCCGGUGGUGGUGUUCAUGAAGGGCAGCCCGGCGCAGCCGCUCUGCGGCUUCAGCAACGCCGUGGUGCAGAUCCUGCGGCUGCACGGCGUGGAGGAUUACCGCGCCCACGACGUGCUGCAGGACCCCGACCUCCGCCAAGGAAUAAAAAACUACUCCAACUGGCCUACCAUCCCACAAGUGUACCUCAAUGGUGAAUUUGUUGGUGGCUGUGAUAUACUCCUCCAGAUGCAUCAGAAUGGAGAUCUUGUAGAAGAGCUGAAGAAACUAGGAAUCCGUUCAGCACUUCUGGAUGCAGAAAAAGACCAAGAGAAGAAGUAAAAUGAGCAAAGAAAUAAUGCUAAGACAGGAAUAAAGCAAAUCUUUGAUAAGAACUUGUUGCCCAUAAAGCCUUACAUACUUUAAGUCAAGGAAAGCAUCUGUUUGAACUGACUCUAAGUGAAUGUCUCUUAGCUCAUGGUAAAUGUAGUGAUCUUGGUUUUUUGAUUAUAGGUAUUGUGAAAAUUUGAGUAUAACCACUGCACUGUAAAGCAAACGUUUGUGAAAAUUUGUGUUUUAAAAAAGUUCACUUCUAAAAGCUCUCUUCUUCAUUGAGGUGAGAGUAAACCAAAAGAACUAAUAAUAUUUUUAUGGAUUUUAUGUGUGAUUCUGUGUUCUUUGAUACAUGAACCUAUACAAACAGCAUUUGCAUUCCCUUGCUUCUCUUGAAAAAGCAUUAAGUAAUAGUGCAUCUGUUUUUCUGUUUAAGUUCUGGUGGCAAGACUUCCUGAGAGCCUGUAAAACCUGUGUAAUCACAUACAAUAUAGGAGAAAAACAGUUUUCCAACAAUAUAGGAGAAAAAAGAUUAUAUGAGAGUGCAUGAAAUAUACUUUUAUUCUGAAGGGUAAAAAUAAACAGAACUUGUACAAAUACA